AUGGCACACUUGAUUAUUCAUGAAAAUGAUAAACCUUAUGUCUGUGAUAUCUGUAUUAAAGCAUUCGCACGUAAAUCUGGUUUAAAGGAACAUUUACGCAUUCAUACAAAAGAACAACCUUAUGUCUGUGAUAUCUGUAUUAAAGCUUUCGCUCUUGCGUGUAGUUUAAAAGUACAUUUACGUAUUCACAAAGAAGAAAAGCCCUAUGUCUGUGAAGUCUGUGGUAAUAAAUUCUCUCAAAUAAGUAAUUUAAAAACUCACUUACGUACGCAUACAAAGGACAAACCUUAUGUCUGUGAAGUCUGUGGCAAUAAGUUCUCUCAAAUAAGUAAUUUAAAAACUCACUUACGUACGCAUACAAAGGACAAACCUUAUGGCUGUGAAGUCUGUGGCAAUAAAUUCUCUCAAAAAAAUAAUUUAAAAACUCAUUUACGUACGCAUACAAAGGACAAACCUUAUGUCUGUGAAAUAUGUGGCAAUAAAUUCUCUCAAAUAAGCAAUUUAAAAACUCACUUACGUACGCAUACAAAAGAAAAGCCUUAUGUCUGUGAAAUAUGUGGCAAAGGACGCAGCAGUAGAGCCAAUUUAAUAAAACAUUUACGUACCCAUCCGGAAGAAGAGAUUUAA